AAGUAACUCUAAUUUGAAAAAUCUGUCCCGUCCUCUCUACAUGAAAGGGUUUGCAUCAUCUUUGAAAUUCUUUUGCUCAAUUUCACAAUGUUUUAGAUGAUAAGGUAAGACAAGCUUCCUUCCUGUUUACUACUCCACUAUGCUUGUUUUGUUUGUUUUAGGUCAUUGGAUAGGACCGCAAAACCUGAAAAAGCCACCAAAGAUUGAAAAAACAAAAAUUAAAACUCUCACGCAAUCCAUCGUUUUCUUCUCGGCAAGUGCUUCAACGUUCAAGGCUUCAAGCCUCGCACGUAUUUGGUCAAAUCCUCUUACAUUCUUUUUUCUUUUUUUUUUAAUAUAUAUAAGAAAUAAAAAUAAAAACAAACAACUUCAUUUGUCCUAACUCCGCAGUAAUACUUGAAAGUGUAUAGCUGUCUCCGUUCAGACAUAAUUAGGAGCUUCCCUUGGCUUUUGUCUCUUUUUCUUUCUUAAACAUUCAACUCACAAAUCUUUUUUUUCUUUGUACCGCUAAAAUUCACACUUUAACCAAUACAACCAAACUCACAAGCAUGGAAUAUACCCAACCUUUUUUAGCUCCUUUUUUGACUCUGGGUUUUGUUAUCUGAUCAAUGAUCAUGUAGUUUUUGAAGACAACAAUAGAUUCAAAGGGAGAAAGAAUACAAAUUCUUUCUUGUUUGUUGAAUUCAAAAAUGAGUGUGUCUUUGACUGUAAUGACGUUUAAUCUGCUUGAAGACCAAUCAGAAGACAGCCCAAAUUCGUGGGAAAAGAGGAGGGAUUUGUGCAUAAGUGUCAUCACUAGUUACUCCCCCAUCAUUCUUUGUACUCAACAAGGCGUAAAAUCUCAACUGGAUUAUCUUCAGCAGGGGUUGCCAGGUUAUGAUCAGUUCGGAAUAUCAAGAAAAGGGCCUCAGGACACUUCAGAUGAACAUUGUACAAUCUUCUAUGACAAGGAGAAGGUAGAGCUGAUUGAAGGUGGAACUUUUUGGUUGUCUGAGUCACCUUCUGUCCCUGGGAGCACAGCAUGGGGUUCUGUAGUUCCAUGUAUUGCAACAUGGGCUACAUUUCAACUUAAAGGAGUUGAGCCGCCAGGAUUCUCAUUUCAGGUAGUAAAUACUAACAUGGAUGAGUUCAAUCCUCGUGCUCGUAGACGAAGUGCUUUGCUUACAUGGCAACAUAUUGCAUCCUUACCUCCUAGCUUACCGGUUGUGUAUUGUGGAGGAUUUAACACACAGAAGGAAUCGACAACAGGGCGUUUUCUUCUUGGGAGAUCAAGAGAGCAUGGUGUGGCGGGAGACAUGAGGGAUGUGUGGCCUAAUGCCCGGGUGAGGAAAAAUGUUUCUCUUAUACACACUUAUCACGGCUUCAAAGGUGACAAGCAGGGAGCUGUUGAAUUCCUUAAGUUGAUUUUUAGAGCACUCUGCCUCUGCUGGGACCGCCAAACCCAGGAUCUACACAUAGACUGGAUUCUUUUCAGGGGUAGAUCUCUGAUGCCUGUUUUAUGCGAAGUGGUCAAUGAUAACAUGGAUGGUUACUACCCAUCCUCUCACUAUCCUAUAUUUGCUAAGUUUCUGCUUCCACGUACUGUGAGAUUGAUAGAACCACCUACACUUACACAAGAGGAAAAUUAGAGUGCUAUUUGUUUGUAAGCUACGCUCUGUUCUUCUUUGAAACUCGGCAGAUUGUCAUUUCUUAUGGGAAUAUAGGUCUUUCUCAAUCAUGAAUCAUUUGUGGCUCUACAAGUAUUUUCAGGUGUUGACAUUGUCAUCUGAAUUCUCAUGGCCAGAAGGUAAGAAGGCAUUUUCAAACUGAUUCCAGCUUGUGUGUUUUCAGGUAUAUAUUCCAGCUGGCCAGGCAAUGGGCCAAACUGGCAGUGUAAAGGGGGCAUAUGUCGGAAAAGAACUUGCGAUUGUUUGAUUAUUGUGAACCUUUGCUGGUUUUUUGAAUUUCAUUCUUUUGGUUCUGGAAAUAACCUGUUGUUUUAGGUUGCUGAACCUUAAGCUCAGAAACCCACCCCUUUUAACUUGCAGAAAAUUUGUUGCUAGUCUGAAUAUAGUCUCUAUCCUAUCAUCUUAAUCAUCAGCAUGCGGCUUAUGCUACAAUAUAUAUAGUUGAUGGGUUAUUCUUGAUG